AAAAUGGAACAACAAAUUUCUAGAAGACGAUCUUGGGCCUCAGUUAGCCCAUUUUGCACAUCAGAACAUAAAAAUGUCAUCAGAAGCCCAAACUAUGAAAGGUGACAGACAGACAUCCAUCUUCUUCCUCCGACAAGACCCCAUCUGACUUUAAUCUCUGAAGCCAGCUUUAGUUCCUCGACGGCUUACACAGAUAAACUCUGGAAAAAGUGAGCGCGAAGAAUGGCAAACGCCGCAGAAGUGACAGAGCUGAUAUCGUCACUGGAGCAAGCAUCUCUCAUGGCGAAGCAGAUUGGAGCCGCCAUGGAAGAGACACAGCUCCUCCAAGUUUACUCAUCUCUCAGCCACGCCCGCCACCGCCUCUCCGUCUUCCUCGCCAACGCCGACUUCUCCGGGAACUGUGUAUCCUCCGCCGAGCCGAUGCAGUUGGUGGAGGAGGCGGAUGAGAGGAACGCGGCGGUGGAGAAGGUGGCGGAGAGGAUGAGAGAGUGCUUCACCAAGAAGAACAAGAGGGUCAAGCGCCCGCUUUCGCCGUCGGAGGAGAUGGGAUCCCCCGACGACAGGUUUGGCUCUGACCCUCACGCCGCCAAGUUGAGGGCCCUGGAUCUUGUCUACCAGUUUCACGGAUGAUUUCCAUUCUUUGUAUUUUUCCAAGGAUUGUUUUUCUGUGGUUCUGAACAUAUAUGUAGAUGAAGCAAGAACCCUCCCUCCUUUUGGGCGAUUUUGCA